UAUAGUAUAUAUCUCUCACGUACCACACAAGAUUUGAGCAAUGGCGUAGGGCCACUUAAGUCAAGGUGCGCUCAGCCAAUAAUUGAAAUUGAAUUGAAGUCUGAAGCUGAAGUACACACACAAGAUUAUUGUAUGCUACAAAAGAAGUGAGGUUAUAUAACACAAUAUGCAAGUAGAAGACAGUUGCUCAGCUUAUUUAAGCAAUUACGAAGUAUACAAUCUUUUGCAAAAUAUAGAAUGCAAUGAGAAGUCAAACAAUUUAGCAACGAUUAACUAUCUGGCAAGUAAAUACCUGGACGAUACACCAUGCACGAAGCAGAACCCAGAAAAGAUCAAAAAGUUCUUACAGGCAAUAGAAUCCUUCAACUUGACAAAAUGCGAGAAGCUUACGCUACUAAACCUUUGUCCUACAACACCACUUGAAAUACAAUUGAUUAUAGAAGAUAGCGAGGACCGGCUAUCAGAACAGGAAGUGGAAGCUAUAUUACAGAUAAUUGCUAAUGUACGAGAAGAUGAACAACAAGACAGUGAACAAACUUAAUUUCUAUAGGUCUUGACAUAAGUUAUUUAUAUUUUUCUGUACAAUAUUUUAUUUAUAUAGUAAACACAAAUGGAAAUAUAAUAUUAAAUA